AUGAAACCCAAACAAUUACAAUUCAUCAAAACACAUGGAUACCUUUCCCACAACAGAUCCGGAACUCAACUAGCAACCACCAACAAUAAUGAUUAUAUAAAAUCACCAUAUUACGUUGAAAUAGCAAUGUAUCUAUAUCUGGUAUUACCACAUGAAUACUCCCAAAUAAUUCAUAAUGAACCUAAUAAUAUGUAUCUACCUCAGUGGAUGACAAAGAAACAAAUGGACCAUGAGAUAUGGACUCCAUCGAUCCAAUACUUUAAAGAAGAAAUAUUCGAAAAUAUAUACCAAAUUACCAAUAAUCGUAUUAAAGAACAAUUUCCUAAUCAAGAAAUUUUUGAAGAAUACAAAACGCUAUAUGAUAGUGAUAAACAAAACAAUUCAGCCGAAAAACCGAAUUACCUGUGA